AUGAAUGGGCCAAAAGCGCCAAAUGAGUCUGACUGGCAAAACGUGGACAUAUUCGUGUUCUCCAAUGGCCAGCAUCAGACUCCGCCAAGGAAGUACCACUUGGGCUCUGAAGACUUGAAUAGCUGGAGUUCCACUCUCAUGACGUUGGCGCAUUCCCAAUACGAAGGCGUUUUCUCGUCGAUCGACCUGUACACGGUGGAGGGCCAGAGAGUGCAGACCCCCAUUGAAAUCAGCAACGGUUCUGCGUACGUGGCUGUACCGCCGCGGGACACGUUCAUUCCCGCGGGAUAUAGCGAAUACCUCUUACGAGCUACCAGAUCACGUGAAAAACGGCAAAGUAAAUCAUCGAACAAUGCGCAAGUGGAGGUACGACAAGGUGAAUUAGAUCAAAAAUUACAAGCGACUGAGAUUGAAGCCAACGAAGAAGAAAUAGAAACUACGCAAAUGAAUGAGGAGGUAGCUACAUCUACAAUUGGAGACCCAAUUAACCCGACUCAAAAACCACUGCCACAUUAUUCUGCAAGAAGCAAUAACACUAUUAAACAAAUAGAAAAGGUAACCGCUAACAAUCAAAAUUCGACAAUAUUAAGAAAACAGAAUUCCUUGAUGCCACAACCAACAACAAGAAAAACUUCAAUGAAAAUGAAAGACAAUCCUCUUAGAAAGAAUUUGAAAGUUAACACACUGAAAGGAACAAACAAUACGCCAUCAGUAGUAACAAAUGGUAGUAACCAGGUCAAAACAAAUGCGAAAUCGAUAACUAGAACUGGUAAAAGUAUAGAAAGAAAACAUCUUUGAAAAAUGUAAUUGUUCAACCCAAAAUUGAAAAAGAUACUGAACUACCAAUAACUAUUUUAGGAAGAGUUAUAUCUUCCACCGAAAAAACUUUUACUACAGAAAACACAGCCUUAGAAAAUGUAAUAAAUGACAACGAAUUAAUUGUAGUCAAAACUCAUGACAGCGAAAAUAAAUUAACUUUCUCCGAAACAGAUAAGAUUGGUUCAAUUCACACAAGACAAACAAGGCUGUCUUCUAUGG